AUGCUGCUGUGGCUGACCCUCACCAUCCUGUGGAGCACCACCUGCUGGGCAGAGCAGAUGUUUGGGAAAGGAGGAGGCACGUACUUCAGUACCUCUGAAGACUAUGAAAACGAUAUAACUGGGAUUCGGGUGUCCAUAAGUCCUAUAGGCAUAUUUAGGAGUAUUCAGCUGAGGUAUGGAUCCUCCUGGAGCGAACUAUAUGGUGUCUCAGGUGGGCAUUCCCAGGAAUUCAUCCUGCAGCCGAAUGAGUACAUCAUAGGCGCCUAUGGCUCGUACAAGGUUUACCUCCGCCACCUGAUUCUAUACACCAGCACUGGGCGCUGGGCCACAUUUGGGAAGGAUGAUGGAAGCAGCUUCAUCGUCUACCCUAGUGAGAUUGACAAGGUGCUCACAGGACUCUUUGGCCAGCGUCAGCUCCUUGGCAUCACCGGCAUUGGUUUUAAGUGGGAUUAUCCUCGGGUAGAGAACACCACUAAUACUUCUGGUUAG